AUGAACGAACCAAUCAUGAUCAUUAUAGAUCAUUCAACUAAAUUCCAAGCAGCAUGGUAUUUAAACACAUAUUUCGAUAUUCAUAGUCAAACAUUAAAAGAUUUACCACCACAAUGGACGAGUAUUUUAACUGACGAAGAUAUCUCACGAACAGCAGCUGCUGCAUAUGAACGUCAAAAAGAACAACGACAGCAACAGCAGCAGCAGCAACAACAACAACAACAACAUGCGUAUCAACAAUCUAGACCAAAGCCACUAAUUGGUGAUGCUUGUUUUCUCACACCAGCAGAUCUUAACUAUCUCAAAUCGCAAACUAUUGUACGCGGUGCCUGUACACAUUCUCAAACAUUGCCAAACAAUCGAGAAAUUAGUCCACCAAAACUACUUGAUGAAUUCAACUAUUAUUCUCAAAAUCAACCAAUACAAAUUUCACGAAAUCCACAUCUCGAUCGCCUUUAUAACGUCAAAUCACCUGAUCCACCAGCUGACAUUCGUAAACCAUCAGUACCAAAUUACCAAAAUGAUUUUAUUCUUCCAUCAAAUGGUAAAAUCAAACAAGCUACAUCGCCGGCUGUAGUUACUCCUCGAGAAAAGAUUGAUGGAAGUACGAAAUUGUCACUUGAAGAUUUUGUUUUUGCCUUACAAAAAGUCGUUAGUCAAUCAGACCCUCGAACAAUGUAUGAUCACUUCGUCAAAAUUGGUGAAGGUUCAACAGCAAAUGUUUACAUAGCAGUCGAUAAACAUUAUGGAACACAAGUGGCCGUUAAACAAAUGAAUAUAACAAAACAACAACGCAAAGAACUUCUAUUCAACGAAGUUAUGAUUAUGCGGGACUAUAAACAUCCCAAUAUCGUUGAAAUGUAUGGUUCGUAUUUAGUUGACAAUGAAUUAUGGGUAGUAAUGGAGUAUCUUGAUGGUGGUGCAUUGACUGAUUUGUUAGUAUCGCCUUCGGGUGAAAUACGAAUGAAUGAACAACAGAUAGCAACUGUUUGUAAAUCAGUCCUUAAAGCACUUGCUUAUUUACAUUCGAAUGGCGUUAUACAUCGAGAUAUUAAAAGUGAUUCAAUUUUACUAUCAACAGAUGGAUUUGUUAAAUUGAGUGAUUUUGGUUUUUGUGCACAAGUAAUGAAUGAAAAGAAAGUACAAACAAUCAAACGAAAAUCAUUAGUUGGAACACCUUAUUGGAUGAGUCCAGAAGUUAUUUCAAGAACACCAUACUCAACUGAAGUCGAUAUCUGGUCAUUAGGUAUCAUGGUGAUGGAAAUGGUUGACGGUGAACCACCUUAUUUCAAUGAACAACCACUGACUGCUAUGCGAAAAAUUCGUGAUCAGCCACCACCAAAACUGAAAAAUCCUCACAAAGCUUCAUCUCUUCUCCAAGGUUUUCUUGGCCGAUGUUUAGUACGCGAUCCAUCACAGCGUGCUACAGCUAUCGAUCUUCUCGAUCAUCCAUUUCUUCGUCAUGCUGGAAAUCCAUCUUGUCUUCAAUCACUUCUAACGCAAUCAACAUCAACGAAAGGCAAUUUCUAUUCAUGA